AUGAGUCAAAAAUCGGACUCGUCUCCUUCUGAUCAACAAACUUCGCCAACUCACUCUGUUCGAUCACGACCCAAACAAGUUACUCACAAUGAAUCAGACAUUUCAGACAUCCCAGCGUCAGAUGUUCAACCCUUUCCCGACCUUCAAACAACAAAACAAGACGAGACUUCAAUUAAUUUGGACCAACUCAAAUUCACAGAAAAGGAUGAGACGUACCAACGAUCUCAAGGGAACUCCCCCACUGAUUUUGGGCGCUUAGUCCACCCCGCCAUGCUUUCUGCGUCAUUUGGAAAUUCUCCAAUGUGUAAGUCCCAGAGUGGUUUAUCGGAGCAGAAGCCCUUAUUGAACAAGAGUGAGUGGUUCAAGAAGUAUUCGAAGUUAGCUCUGAGUAAAUUAGCAUUACCGAUCAUCUUCACAACAGUCAUAGCAUUGAUGUUUCUUGUGAUGUACUUAGCCGAUUGGCGGAAGAACAAUGCCGAACAGUUCACGACGAAAACUGCGAUCUUCAUUUUUGUCUUUAUUAUUAUGAUGUUUGUCCUUUUGCUUGAAAUUUGGCAUGCGGGGAUAGUCAUAAUGACUGCCGUCGCCAUUCUCCUCUAUUUCCGAGUCAUCACCACUUCUCAGGCGUUUGCUGGAUUUAGUGAUUCCGGGACAAUGACUGUCUUAUGUGUUUGUAUCAUCUCAGAUGCUAUAAAUAGAACAGGUGGACUAGCGCUUCUCUGUUCUUAUAUUCUGCCAAACACAGAACAAAAGUGGAUCUUCCCAACAGCAAUUCGCUUUGUCUUUCUGUUCUUUGUAGCCUCUAUAUUCCUUAAUAACACGCCAAUAGUGGCGAUGGGCAUUUCAAUUGUUUUGGGACUCUCUAAGACUACGAAAAUACCGGCAUCUAAGCUAUUGAUGCCCAUGCAAAUAGCAGUGGUCUUAGGUGGAAUGUGCUCGUUAAUUGGGACAUCAACUAAUAUGGUUGCCAAAGGCCUUUUAGACGAUGCGACGAAGAAACUGAAUGCACAAGGAACAGUCAAUUUAGAGUACUCGAUGACUCUCUUUGAAGUUGGAUAUGUGGCACUUCCAAUAGGAGUCUUGGGGUGCGUUUACAUCAUAUUUGUGAACAAGUUUUUACUCCCUUCGAACGUCAAAACGGAGGUGAAACAGGCGCUCCACACAUUUAUAGUUCCUGUGAAUAUAGUCGACCGUUCCCCACUGAUUGGGAAGGAAAUCAUGAAGAGUGAUUUGGGGAAAUUGUCUGGAGUCGCAUUACCACAGAUAUUAAGAGGAAAUAAAAUGAUAGAUCCAUCCGUUCCAUUAGCCGUUGGGGACACUUUGUUUUAUGUAUGCGAGCCCCCUUUGUUAGUGGAGUUGAUGAAUAUCAAAGGCCUCAAAUUUGAAGAUCCGACUGCGUGUAAUAUACUCAGAUCGAUCACCACAGACAAACUGUCUUUGUAUGAAGUCAAUUUUACAGAGAGUUCAGAAUUUAAUAAUAGGAACUUCCCGUCGUAUUUUGAGGACUCUAAAUUUGGACUCCUUGGGAUCAGUCACGACGACAAGAAUAUGGGACUUGUGAAGGAACAGCCCCUCUAUUUUAUGCCCGUCACAACGAACUCAAGUUAUAUCAUUAUAACGGAAAAGAACUUCACAAAGUCCGAGUUCUACCCACACCCAUUCAGAAUUGCAUAUGAAUUGCCUGUGAAACUGCCAUUCCACUAUCCUCUUUGGAAAGCAAUGAUAGCAAUUACCUUAUUGUUAACACCAAUUGCUCUGGAUGUAGCUGGCUUCUAUAAAAUCAUCAAUUUCUCAUUCAUUUCUGUCGCACUUUUGGUGCUCACGGGAGUCAUGACAGUGCAACAAGUGUAUAACUCAGUGAAUGUACCACUCAUAUGUACAUUGGGAGCUUCAUUUGGACUCUCCUCUGCUAUGACGAACACAAACACGGGAAUGCUUAUUGCGUCGACGUUGACUAAACUGCUCUCCCCAAUUGGAAAAAUUGGAAUUCUGUUUGGACUUGCCGUCCCAACAGUUGUGCUCACACAAGUCUUGAGUAAUAACGCGACUAUUGCAGUCAUGUUCCCUAUUGUAUGGUCAACGUAUAUCGGAAGUGACACAACUGGAGCUACGAGAGGAAAGGAAAUUGGAAUUAGAAGCUCUAUGAUCACUAUGAUGAUAUGCGCGUCGUGCUGUUUCUUCUUGCCUUUUGGAUACCAAACCAAUUUAAUGGUGAUGAAAGAUGGGGGAUAUCAAGUCAAACAUUUUAUGAUAUAUGGAACGUUUUUGACACUUCUGUACUUGGUCGGAUCUGUACUCCUCUCAUACGCUAUAUUUGAAAUUGCAAUGGACCCCGUGUAA